GCGUAAUGGAACACUUACCUACGCGCUGACAUUUGAACAUCGUCCAGCCAACUCGAGUUGAUCUGAGAAUAGCACAUGAACGAGUCUUCGGGUUUACGAAACUAGUGUUGUGUGUAUGUGGUGUGGUACAGGAUACCUGACGACUUCAGCAGGAAACGUUUAAUGUGCAGGCAGCAUGUCGACGAUCGAACGAAAAGAAUACCAAGAAACGAAAAUAAUGCGUACGGUGUCGCCCGUGCGCAACUUCCGCAGCUCAUCUCAAAAUCUGGCCGAAUUUGACCACAACCUCGACUAUCUCCUCGAAGACCUCCAAAACUCAGUCUCCCGUCCCGGUAGUUCCCUCGGAACUCACCGCGAAACCUCAAAAAGCAAUUCCCUCAAUCGGUUCACCAACGUAAAAGCCUCGAAUCCCGUAACUGAAUACUCUGCCGACGACGCUUACAAUUACACGUCCCCUGAUGGCACGAAACGCGUCACCGGUUACAAGAAGGAAUCCUAUUCGUAUUCUACCAGCGGCGGAGCCCCACCUGCGAAAGCAGGCAUCCAAAAUAACAUCAACCAACUGGAUUCGCUUUUGGACGACUUGCAACAAGUGAAGAAUGCAUCAUUCCAGGAAAAAGAAUCUUAUAAUAACACUGGCGGUGAUCCAGAAUUUCAAAGGGGCGGUUCUAAAAGAACAGUUCAACGCGAAUUGCAUUAUGGGGAUACUCCCAGAUCGAGCUCAAGGAGUCGCACUUUGGAAAGGACAGAACGGGAAGGGUCAAUGACAAGAGAAAUCCAAUACACAAAUGAAGGUACUUAUGGUGACAUCCGCCAAAUCCGGGGAAGGUCCACUUCCCCAUCAUCCCGCACGUCAACUUUAAGCAAACAAACUAAAGUGAAAAACGUCCAUAACUACCCUAUGGAGGUUGUCGAAACGACAACACCCGACAUCAAUCCCGAAAUUUUGGCCCAACUUGACCCAAGUCUCCACCCUCCAGGCAACACCAAAGUUACCACAACCAUCAAAACAUACACUUACGAAAUCCCUGGCUCUGGCGACUACCCCACAAACCUAAACUCGUCAACUGAAACAGAAAAAUACGUAUACUCCCCAAACCAAACUCAAUCAACACCUAGCAAAAGCUUUGUUUACAAAAAAGUCGAAAACAAAUCAUCGGAAAACACAGUCAAUUACGUCCCGUACCAAAAACCUGUCGGUCCCGUCAAAGAAACAAUCACCACGAGGACUUACCAACCAGGUUACAUUCCCGACUCGCCCCCUACACGCAACCAAACCUACGUCUACAACGAGACAACCACCACGCGUAGCUUACCACGGCACCAAAACCCCCCGAAACAAGACACAUACAUUAAAGAAGUCCACGAAAACAACACCUACAACCGGCAAUACCCCGAUUAUCCGCCACCAUCGCAACAACACUACAUAAAAGAAAUCCAUGACACGAAAACCACUACCAAUGCCCGUCAUCCCUAUCCCAAUGGAUACCCCCCGAAUGACAAGACGGUCAUUUACAGACAUGAGACUCAUACAACUAAUAAUUAUGGUAAACCGGUGAAUGAGGUUGAGAGUUUUGAUCCGAAACACCCGCCGUAUCCACAUGACCGAAGGCCGAAUGAACCCGUGAAUAUCCAGUAUAGGUACAAAUCGGAAAGUACGACGACUAAUAACUACAAAGCGGGGUAUCCCCCGAGUGAUGAGACUCAGGCUCUGCUGCCGAAGCCCUUCCCUACGGAUAACCACCAACCAGAAGGGCCACCAAAAAGGCUAGACGACCUUAUGGCGACCAUAGGGCAUGAGCCCCCGAACAGCCCCUAUAAUGCUGGGUACAACGCACACGAACAAGAAAUGGAACAGAGAAGAAGAAAAUUUUCCAGAUUUACUUGCUUCUUACCUUCUUUGUAUUUACUUAUAAAUUUAUUAAUAACUUUAGAUCAAAUACAUAAUAUAAUAAGCAACUUGUGACAAAUCUAUAAUAAAAAUUGUAAAAAACAGCCUACAAAUUGUGAGUUUGAAAUUCGAUGCCAAAACUUUUGUUAAAAAACACAGAAAAAUAAGUAAACAUAUUAUGUGUUUGAUCUUUUUGAUUUUCUUGAUAAUUUUAAACAUGUGCAUAAAUACUUUUUUGCAUUUAAACAAUUAAUUAUACAUUUAUAUGUAUUUUGUACGAUGAUAAUAAUAAUAAUAAAUUAUUCAACGAGUGAGCAAGUCAUUUCAACGAAGAUGAAAUUUACGAUACGAUCCGAAGGCACUUUUUCUAACUUAAAUAAUGAUUGUAAUAAUUUUUUCAAUUUUUAUUAUUAUUAUUAUUGUCUAAAUUUCUCCACAGUUGAAGAUUGAAUAACGUUCUUGAAAACGGUUGAGAAAAGUACAAAUUGUUUAACAUGAUUAUAUCGGAGAUAAUUUUAAUUAAUUUACAACAAACGCCUUAUGUACGAUAUUUG